CUACUUAUACUUUUUCCUUUGAGUGCACGAGUUUCACCUCUCACUUUAGUAAAAGAGUCAUGGCUGAAUACUUUGUAGAAGAUGUCGCAUUCCAAUGGAAUCUAACUCCUGAGGAUAUCGCUAAGAGAACCGAUGAAGUUAUUGAGCGAUCAAGAAAGGUUUACGACUCUGUCGGGGCCCUGAAACCCGGCGAAGUGACACUAGAAAGCUGUUUACAGGCUCUUGCUAAUAAUGAAAGAGAGUACUCCAAUAGCAAGGCAGAGUUGGAAUUCCUCCAACAUGUUUCAACAGACAAAGAAGUAAGGAAAGCGAGUACGGAGGCAGAUAGAAAAAUUUCAGAAUUUGAUGUUGAGAUGAGCAUGAGAAAAGACAUUUUUGACAACUUAGUGGCUCUGCAGGAGAAAAACCAAGCACCAAUGUCUUCAGAAACUAAGCGCCUUUUGGAAAGAUUGAUUAAAUUAGGAAAGAGAAACGGACUCCACCUUCCAUCUGAUGUCCAGGAUGAGAUCAAAGCAAUCAAGAAGAAGCAGAGUGAAAUUUCUAUUAACUUCAACAGCAACUUGAAUGAAGAAAACACUAAACUUUCGUUUGGUUUGGAAGAACUUACUGGUCUUCCUGAAGACUUUAUCAAUUCUUUAGAAAAGGAUGAGCAAGGCAAGUUUAUUCUUACUCUGAAAUAUCCACACUACAUCCCUUGCAUGAGAAAAGCUUCCAACCCUGAAACACGCAGGAAGAUGGAGUAUGCCUUCAACAGACGAUGCAUUGAAGAAAAUACAAAGAUUUUAGAGGAGCUUGUGGAAUUGAGACAAAAGAUGGCAGAUCUACUUGGGUAUCCAACUCAUGCAAGUUACAUUCUAGAGAUGCGCAUGGCCAAAACUUCCAAAGCAGUUGCAGACUUUUUGUCAGAGCUGGCAACUAGACUUGAACCCUUAGCACAAGAUGAACUAAAGGCCCUUCUUAAACUGAAAGAAGAAGAGUGUGAAAGUCUUGGGUACAAAUUUGAUGGAAAGAUAAACUACUGGGACAUGAAAUAUUACAUGACUUUGGUGGAAGAGAAAAAUUAUGCUGUUGAACAUGAUAAGCUAAAGGAAUACUUCCCUAUGGAUGUUGUAACUAAAGGUCUGCUAGAUAUAUAUCAGGAUCUCCUUGGACUAAAUUUUGAGGAAGUUGAAAAACCCCAUGUCUGGCAUGAAGACGUUCAGCUGUUCAGUGUUAAGGAGAAAGCCACUUCAAACAUCAUAGGAUAUUUCUACCUUGAUCUCUUCCCAAGGGAAGGAAAGUUCAGCCAUGCUGCCUGUUUUGGACUUAAGCCUGGAUGUCUUCGUAGUGAUGGCAAGAGACAGCUAUCUAUUGCCGCAAUGGAAGCUAAUUUCACCAGACCAACAGAAGAUAAACCCUCACUUCUCACCCAUAAUGAGGUUGAGACGUUUUUCCAUGAGUUUGGUCAUGUGAUGCACCAGAUUUGUGCCAAGUCAGAAUAUGCUCUGUUUAGUGGCACCAAUGUAGAAAGAGACUUUGUUGAAGCUCCUUCACAGAUGUUGGAAAACUGGUGCUGGGAGCCUGAGCCUUUGAGAAGAAUGUCAGCACAUUACAAAGAUGGAAGUGCUAUCCCAGAUGAUAUGCUGGCCAAACUUAUUGCCUCUAGGAAUGCCAAUGCUGGUCUGUUUAACCUAAGACAGAUAUUGCUAGGGACGUUUGAUCAAACCAUCCAUACAUCUCCUAAGGUGAACACAGCCGAUGUUUAUGCAGAACUCUCUAGCAAGAUUCUCCACAUUGCAGCAACCCCAGGUACCAACAUGUCGGCAUCUUUUGGCCACCUAGCAGGAGGAUACGACGCACAGUACUACGGAUAUCUCUGGAGCGAAGUGUUCUGUAUGGACAUGUUUUACUCACGCUUUAAGAAGGAAGGGAUCAUGAAUCCUAAAGUUGGUGUGGACUACAAGACCUGUAUUCUACAACCAGGAGGUUCUAUUGAUGCCAGUGACAUGCUCAAGAACUUCCUUGGACGCGACCCAAACCAAGACGCAUUCUUGAUCAGCAAGGGACUCAAAGUCUAAACAACUCAACGUGUUGUAGGAAUGAAAGCCGUCAAAACGUGCGCUGGUUCAAACAUUUUGAACUCUCAUUUGAUGAGUUGAAAUUCUUUUUUCUGCCCCUAACGUAAUGCAUGCAAAUGAAAUAAGAUUAUCUCGGUACUUGCAGGAAUAUAAGGUCUUAAAUCUUGGUUUUGUUGCACUGGUUUAAUCUCGUGAAACUCCACGUAUUCAACAUUUUUUCAUUCCCUCCGCUCUCACCGCACAGCAGCUAGCAAACUAAGACUUAAUUUAAAAAUAAAACUAAGUUAAUUAUCA